GCUUUGACAUCUAUGGUGCCUGCUUGUACUGCUGAUCCGUGUCCGGCUCAUAAGUUUAUUGAGAAGUUCUUCACUUACAGAUUUGUUAUGGGCGUUCGGGCCGAGUUUGAUUCUCUUCGUGCUCGUUUACUUCAGGGUUCUGACACUCUCACAAUGGCUAAGGCGUUGUCUGAUUUACUUGCUGAAGAGACUCGUCUUAAUUCUCUGUCUUCUAUUGGUACUAAUACUCACAGUGUAUUGGCUGCUGCCCAGAAACCUAAGAAUGUUUUUAAGCCUUGUGAUCAUUGUGGCAAGACCAAUCAUCGAUCUGAGCUUUGCUUUGUAAAGUUCCCUGAGAAGUUGACUGAUUUCCGUGCACGACGUGCUGCUCGUGGUCGUGGUUCAGGACCAUCUACUAGAGGCUCAGUUGCUGUUGCUGCCACUUCGUCCGCUUGUACUUCAGAGUCGGCCUGGGUACUUGAUUCAGGAGCCUCCUUUCAUGUCACAUCUGAUCAGUCAAAGUUGGCUUCUACUACACCUGUCACAAAUGGUGCUUCAGUGCAGACAGCUGAUGGACCUUCGCACAGGGGAAGUGAUUGGGACUGGCCGUCGCCGUAGAGCUGCUCCUCGCCUCUACAUCUUGGACUCUUUGCGGCUUCCUUCCUUGGCUAC